AUGGCUGAACCCCAAAAGUCACGUGUGAUUAAGCUUUACUUGAAUGGUGCAAAGCAUUCAAGAACGGUCCCAGAAGACUGCCCACAGACGGAGAUCAUCGCUGAUCCUCGUUCCAAGAAAAUGAGAAAAGAUGCUUUUGAAAUUUCUCCGCAACUGAGAAUGAACAAAACGACGGCUGAACAUGAACACCGACCAACAAAGUGCAGAUUGCAAAGUGCAAGAGAAGGAAGGUGCUUCAGACCGGAAAACUCCAAAAUAAUGUCAAGAGCAGCUUCCCAAGUUUGUGAGUUGAAGAAGGAAGGUGCAGAGUGCAAGAAAGAGAAGAAACAAAGCAUAGACAGAUACAAAAAAAUGCAAUGUUGGGUGAUCUUGAAAAGGUUGAAGGAAGGAAGAGAUGCUUGGGCUUUCAAAGAAGCUCUUGAUGUUAAGGUCUUGGAGUUUAAUGAUAACCCUGAAUCUGUAUCAAAGCCAAUAGGUUUAAAGGAUAUUGAGGUCAAAUUGAACCACUAUCUGUAUUACAAACCUAAGGAAUUUGCAGAAGAUAUGAGGCUUGCAAUUUCUUAUGCAUUGCUAUACCCUUGGAGGAGUGAGAUUCACAUGAUUGCAAGGAGGCUUCCUGCCCUUGUUUUCUAUCGAAGUUUUAGGUGUUCUUUUAGUUCGUUUCGUUUAAAAAUCACAGCAUCUUGGUCAUAUGCACUUCUGCCGCAAGGAAUGAAUACCCACCAAAAAUCAGGGGGCCAUUCAAGAAUGUCAAGAAUGGGGUCCAAAGCUUGUGAGUUGAAGAACGAGAGUUUAAAGUGCAGGAAAGAGAAAAAGCCAAGGGAAGAGAUGGUUGGGCUUUCAAAGCCUCUUGAUGUUAAGGAUUUAGAGUUUCUUGAUGAUUCUGAGGCUAUAUCCAAGCCAAUGGGUUUGAAGGAUAUUGAGUCCAAAUUGAACAAAUCUUUGUACUCAAGACCUGAAGAAUUUCCAGAUGAUAUGAGAUUUGUAUUCAUUUAUGCAAUGCGAUGA